AUGCACCUCAGCCUAUCGAACACAUACAUAACACCGCUUUUGACGAACCCACGACGACGACAACAGUAUCAUCAGCAACAUCUUCAUAUUGACCCCGAAUCGUUCACGCCCAGCACCAGCAGCGGAACCGCAUCCAAGCCUCAAAGCAGCAGCCAGUCCAAACCUGCAGACUCGUCGGCCAAGCCGACUCCACCGACUGCACCCCGGCAGAAACCAGCCGCCUAUCGGGAGUCGUACAAUUAUAGCAGAGGCUUUGAGGAUACCCCCAAGUACUAUUCAGGCCCAGAUUAG